GGAAAAUCCGACCGGACUUGACACGCAUCACUUCAACUCCAGCGCAGCUCAACCAUCGGGACACACAGCUCUCCUUGUCACUUCACAGCCGGAACAACAUGGGCAACGUGCAGCCUACCAUCGUCCCAUAUGAGGACUUCGAUGUCACAGCUGAUGUCAAGACCAUCAGAAAAGCAUGUAAAGGUUUCGGCACAGACGAAGAGGUCAUUAUUCAGAUUUUGGCCAAUCGCUCCUCAGCUCAGCGUGUGGAGAUCAAACAGGCCUACUUUGAGAAGUAUGAUGACGAGUUAGAGGAGGUCCUGAAGAAGGAGCUGGCAGGUAGCUUUGAAAAUGCCACCUUAGCCAUGUUGGAGCAUCCUCACAUUUUCUACACCAAGGAGCUGAGGAAGGCCAUGAAGGGGGCGGGCACGGACGAAGAUGUACUGGUGGAGAUCCUGUGCACAUCCACCAAUGAGGACAUCUUGGGCUUCAAGCACACUUAUGCACAGGUGCAUGAGCGUGAACUAGAGGCGGACAUUGAGGGUGACACCAGUGGAGACGUGAGGAACCUGCUGAUGUCACUGCUGCAGGCGAGCAGAGAAGAAGGCUAUGAAGUGGAUGAGAGUUUAGCCGAACAGGAUGCCACAUCUUUGUUUGAGGCAGGAGAAGGCAGAUGUGGCACAGAUGAGUCCACCUUCACCUUCAUCCUGACGCACAGAAACUACAUGCAGCUUCAGGCCACCUUUAAGAGCUAUGAGUCGCUUUCAGGAACAGACAUUUUGGACACCAUUGACUCUGAAGCAACAGGAACUCUCAAGGACUGCUACACAACUCUGGUCAGGUGUGCUAAGAACCCGCAGCUGUAUUUUGCCCGACGCCUGAAUGCCGCCAUGAAGGGACUAGGCACUGAUGAAGACACACUCAUUCGGAUGAUUGUCGGCCGCUCCGAGAUCGACCUGGAGACCAUAAAGGACAUGUACCUGGAGAAAUACGAUGUCACCCUGAAAGAGGCUCUGGAUUCCGAGUGUGGUGGAGACUUCAAACGCCUCCUCAUUGAGAUCCUGCACUGAAGCUUCUCACCUUCCUCCUACAGGCCUCAUUUAACCAAUGUGAAACAGUGUUUCCUCUCUCAUUCUUCCUCCUCUUAUUUAUACUCUUACUCAUUCCCUUUGUGGACGUCUUUCUGACAGUCAGUUCUCAUUGCAGCAUGGACCAAAAACCAACUCAUUCGUAUAUUAUACAUUGUUUUACUAAUGAUAAAUUAGCAUUCAGUCUUUAAACACACUGUUCUUCCAAGGACAAAACACUCAGUGGGUCUUCUUUCACAGUUGUAUUCAGACAUACAACGAAUGUUAUUCAUUUUAACAGUACUAUGGCAGCAUUGUUGAACGUAUGUGGAACUUGUGCAGCUGAUCAUGUUCAUAUAUUAAUCCAAAUGAAUAUUGUUAGUCCAGUUCUUUAAUCACAAUCAACAGCUUGACAUUAUUGUUAUGUUUUAGCUGUCAUUCACCAUUUCAAGGGUAAAACAUUAACAGGCUGCUGCUGCUCAACAUAAAUUAUAUGUUAUAUUUUACACCGUACUCAUUUCUUUUUAUCAUCAUCCAUUACUUAACUUAAAUACCAUUUGCCUCAAAGAUGCUUUCAAAAGAUAAUAGCGAUGCAAUUUACUUUUUGCUGCAACAUUUAACACUUAAGUGCAGAAUUAUGACGAUUGAUCCCUGAUAUCUGUUUACACUACAGAAAUAAUCAUACAUGAACAAAUUACUACCCUGAUAUCAAAAGCUUACACUCUUUUUAAGUAUGCACUUUUUGUUUUUUUGUAACCACGUCCCUAAAUGCCAUGUGGGAUUUUUAACUGUUUGUAAUCUUAUUUUUAGUCACAGCUAACAUGCUGCCUCUCACUUUACACACUUUUUCUGGUGCUUAAAUAAUGUACUCCAUUCAGAUGUAUUACAUUUAUAAUCCUACAUAAUAUUAGUGUAAAACUUUAAGAUAAAUGUACAUUUAAUAUUAUUAGAUUAGAGAUAAUAAAAUUAAAAAGAGAUGUGUUUUGCUCUAUAACCCCUGAAAUACAACUGUUAAUGGACACAGUCUGCAUUCGUGUAUGGAAUUAUAGUAUAACUACUUUUAUUUAAACCCAAGAUUACAGUAAUGUAUAUGACUGAUAUAUAUAGUUGUAUUGUCAUAUAACAAAGGAAAGCAGUACAUUCUGUAAGAAGUCAUUGUUAACCUGUUGUAAUGGCAUAUAAAAUGUGGCAUACAUAUGCAGUAAUAAUAAAUUUAAACUCCACCAAAAAAA